AUGGGGGCUAAAGGAAAGAAGGGGGGCUCCGGUUCCCCAUCCAGUUCGCCUGGUGAAGGCGUCUGUGUGUCGGUGGAAACACAGCCACGACAUUACGAGUACGUUGGCAAGGUUCCUUCAGAGACCCUGUCCCCAAGCGGCAAUGCCGGUAAAGCUGUGCCAAAGGGCUCCGGCAACGGUACAACCAAGGGCGGCAGUGCAGCAAAGGGUGGCAGCGGUGGCAAAACCCAGGGUAAAAGUCCAGCAAAGGGCGGUGGCGAUGAAAGCGGGGCAAAAGGCAAUGCCUCAAAAGGUGGUGGCAAACCCGGUGGUAAGGAUGCAGCAACGGGUGGCAAAGCCGGCGGUGAGCAUGCAUCAAAGGGUGGCGGCCUGGGCAAGGGUGCAGUUGCAAAGGGGGUUGGAUGUAGCAAAGGCGACGGUAAGGAUGCAAGGAAGGGUGGCAAAGCCACCGGUGAGGAUGCAUCAAAGGGCUUUGGCAAAGCCAAUGGCAAGGAUGCAGUGAAGGGUGGUGGCAUUGCAGUUGCAACGCAGGGUGGAGGUGGCAAAGGUGAUGGUAAGGAUACAGCAAAGGGCAGCAAAGGCAUUGGUAAGGAUGCUUCAAAGGGUGGCUUGGGCCCCGCCGCAGUUGCAAUGAAGGGUGGAGGUGGCAAAGGCGAUGGUAAGGAUGCAGCAAAGGGCAGCAAAGGCAUUGGUAAGGAUGCAUCAAAGGGUGGCUUGGGCCCCGACGCAGUUGCAACGAAGGGUGGAGGUGGCACGGGUGGCGGCAAGGAUGCAGCAAAGGGCAUCAAAGGCAUUGGCAAGGAUGCAUCAAGGGGUGGCCUGGCUAAGGAUGCAGUUGCAAAGGGGGGUGGAGGUAGCAAAGGCGACGGUAAGGAUGCAACGAAGGGCCGCAACGCCAGCGGUGAGGAUGCGGUGAAGGGCGGUGGCGCCGGUGGCAAAGGCCAUGGUAAGGCUGCAGCAAAGGGUGGUGGCAAAGCCGUUGGUAAGGAUGCAGCAAAGGGCGGUGUCACGGAUGUCGAUGCAUCAAAGGGGUCUGGCAAAACCAAAGGUAAGGAUGCAGUGAAGGGCGGUGGCGGUGGUGGCAAAGGUGAUGGUAAGGACUCAGCCAGCAGCGGUGGCAAUGCCAUAGCAACAAAGGGCGGAGGUGGCACCAAAGGCGAUGGUAAGGCUCCAACAAAGGGGGGCGGUGGUAAGGACCCGGCCGAUCACCCACAGACACCGCCACCAAAGACUACAGCACACAGCCCGUGCACAGGUACUCCCCCGAGUCAGCCAUCGCCGGCAGGGUCACCAAACUGCUCGAUGAAGCCAAAGGGCAAAGGAUCAAGCGCAGGGCAGAUCAACGCCAACGCAAGUGAUGGAACCAAGGGCAAGGGCAGCAAGGGCGUGAGCUUGAACGGCAAGAGGAGUCGGAUAGCAACGGCAAGCGCAAGGCUGAUGGGGCCAAUGACCGGCCUAACGCGGUGGUCCGCCGGGUGUCCUUCGGAGGAGGCCGUGGGGGUCCGACCGUUGACUGACGAGGAACGAGCACAAAUUGAGGCUCUGCAGAAGCCCAGUGAUAUCCCGCUCCAGCAGCGCAAGGCCUUGAAUGAGUUCGCCUUUCUAAAGGCUUUCUUGUUGGACAAGGAGAAUUUGGCAACCAUCGAGGUCUCGCCGUACUACGAGGAGCUUUCUGAAAGCAAAGAGAAAGAGCAGUACGAAGAGCUUCCAUUGUGCAUCAUCAAGCAAAAGUACGAAGGUUUGCCAGGAGGGGUAGCCUUCGUGGAGAACAUCCAGAAGAGUCGUGCCAGCAUCAACAGAGUGGGCAACAAGACCACAGCAACGACGACUCCAUCUUCGAAUAAGGCGGAACGCACCGCCGUCGGAGAAGUGCUGGAGGGGAAAGUUGCUGAGAUGGGAAAGUUCACCACCACGGGAAAUCCCAAAGGAGGCAAAGGCCAAGGAAAGAAUCGAAAGGGCAAAAAGGAGCUGACUGCCGAGGAGCAGGAACAGAAGGCUUUCCACAAGGAUUUACAAUCGAUACGGGACCUCGCUGAUAAAGCAGUUACCGUUGCUGCCGGACUAGCUCAUUGUGGAUUGGCGAACCAGGAGUCGCAGGUCCAACAAUUGGGGUGGAUAUCUUCCGAGUGCACCCGUAUCCGCGACGAUAAAGACUUAGGCAAAGCCGCGGAGAAGCGAAAGCGCGAGAAAGCAGAAAAGGAAAAAGAGAAGAAGGAGCAGGCAGGCCAAGGCCAGGAAGAUGAUGAACAAUAUGAAGAUGAUGAAGGGGUUGAUCAGGAAACGCCAUAUCAGCAGGAAGCGGAGGAGGAAUGGCCCGAAGAGGCCGAACAGGCUUCUGCAAAGCGAGCCCGCUGCUAA